UCACUACUACGUAAAUUGCUCUUUAACUUCUUUCUCUAUUCUGACCUCUGUUUUCUAUAUAUCAUACACAUACUUUCUUAUAUUCACAUAACUUACUUUCUGCCCCUAUAAGCUUUCCCAGAGCUUCUUGAGACUCAACAAUGGCAGACGGUGGCAUCACCUGGGAUGACAUCAUGAAGGAGACUGUUGAUCUUGAGCAUAUGCCAAUGGAUGAGCUGUUCGACCAAUUGAAAUGCACCAAACAGGGAUUAACCGGUGAUGAAGGAAGGCGAAGGCUCGGCAUUUUUGGUCCAAAUAAAUUGGAGGAGAAAAAGGAAAACAAACUCCUCAAGUUCCUUGGAUUCAUGUGGAAUCCUCUCUCAUGGGUCAUGGAGGCUGCAGCUAUCAUGGCAAUUGUCUUGGCUAAUGGAGGGGGGAAGCCACCAGACUGGCAAGAUUUUGUUGGAAUCACAACACUGCUAAUUAUAAACUCGACCAUAAGUUUCAUAGAAGAAAACAACGCAGGCAAUGCAGCAGCGGCGUUAAUGGCGGGUCUUGCUCCAAAAACGAAGCUUUUACGCGAUGGAAAAUGGUCAGAAGAGGAAGCUGCGGAUCUUGUCCCUGGAGACAUUAUUAGCAUCAAGCUCGGAGAUAUUGUUCCGGCUGACGCGCGUCUUCUAGAAGGUGACCCGUUAAAAAUUGACCAGGCGGCGUUGACCGGUGAGUCAUUGCCGGUUACUAAGAAGCCUGGAGACAGUGUGUUUUCCGGUUCCACGUGUAAACAGGGUGAGAUUGAAGCGGUUGUGAUUGCUACUGGGGUGCACACAUUCUUUGGCAAAGCUGCUCACUUAGUCGAUAGCACAAAUCAAGUCGGCCAUUUCCAAAAGGUGUUGACGGCGAUUGGAAACUUUUGUAUUUGCUCGAUUGCGGUUGGACUGGUGAUAGAAAUAGUGAUAAUGUACCCAAUUCAGAAACGAACAUACAGGAAUGGAAUUGACAAUCUAUUGGUUCUACUGAUUGGUGGAAUCCCAAUCGCAAUGCCGACAGUGUUGUCAGUGACAAUGGCUAUCGGGUCCCACAAGCUAUCACAACAAGGAGCUAUAACGAAAAGAAUGACAGCCAUUGAAGAAAUGGCGGGAAUGGAUAUUUUGUGUAGUGACAAAACUGGAACACUCACACUCAACAAGCUCACAGUCGAUAAAACUCUUAUUGAGGUUUUCAUAAAAGAUAUGGAUAAAGACACGGUAGUUUUAAUGGGUGCAAGGGCUUCAAGAGUGGAGAAUCAAGAUGCAAUUGAUGCUUGUAUUGUGGGAAUGCUUGGUAAUCCUAAAGAGGCAAGAGCAGGGGUGACUGAGGUACAUUUUUUGCCAUUUAAUCCUGUGGACAAAAGGACAGCAAUGACGUAUAUCGAUCAAAGUGGAAACUGGCAUAGAGUCAGUAAAGGUGCACCUGAACAGAUUGUUGAGCUUUGCAACUUAAAGGAUGAACCUAGAAACAGAGUUUUCAACAUCAUUGAUAAGUUUGCUGAACGUGGGCUUCGUUCUCUAGCUGUUUGUACACAGACGGUGCCCGAAAAAUCCAAGGAGAGUUCCGGAGGCCCGUGGGUGUUUGUUGGUCUCCUCCCUCUCUUUGACCCUCCAAGGCACGACAGUGCCGAAACCAUCCGGCGGGCCCUCCACCUUGGUGUCAACGUGAAAAUGAUCACCGGUGACCAGCUGGCAAUUGGGAAGGAAACUGGUAGAAGGCUUGGAAUGGGGACAAACAUGUACCCCUCUUCCUCACUGCUUGGUCAAAACAAAGAUUCAGCUAUUGCUAAUAUCCCUAUUGAAGAGCUAAUCGAGAAAGCCGAUGGCUUUGCUGGAGUCUUCCCUGAGCACAAGUACGAGAUUGUUAGGAAGCUACAGGAAAGAAACCAUAUUGUAGGGAUGACAGGAGACGGUGUGAACGAUGCACCAGCGCUAAAGCGGGCCGACAUAGGAAUAGCGGUUGCAGAUGCAACCGACGCGGCCCGCGGUGCAUCAGACAUAGUCCUGACUGAGCCAGGACUAAGUGUGAUUGUGAGUGCGGUCCUUACUAGCCGAGCCAUUUUUCAAAGAAUGAAAAACUACACCAUCUACGCUGUCUCGAUCACCAUUCGUGUUGUCCUUGGUUUCAUGCUGAUUGCUCUUAUUUGGAAGUUUGAUUUCUCGCCUUUCAUGGUUCUCAUCAUUGCCAUUCUUAAUGAUGGAACCAUCAUGACCAUAUCAAAGGAUAAAGUCAAGCCUUCACCUAUGCCCGAUUCAUGGAAAUUGAAGGAAAUUUUUAUUACCGGAAUUGUUUACGGUACUUAUUUAGCUGUCAUGACUGUAAUCUUCUUUUGGUUGGCUCAAGAAUCCGACUUUUUCUCCGAGAAAUUUGGUGUUCAUCCAAUCAAAGACAAUGAUUAUGAGCUUACAGCAGCUCUUUAUCUUCAAGUUAGCAUUGUUAGUCAAGCACUUAUUUUUGUUACAAGGUCAAGAAGUUGGUCAUACACUGAACGCCCUGGUCUUCUACUUCUGACAGCCUUUUUCAUAGCACAGUUGAUUGCUACACUUAUUGCUGUGUACGCAAACUGGGAUUUUGCAAAAAUCCAUGGAAUAGGUUGGGGAUGGGCUGUGGAAAAGCAUGGAACCAUAUGCUCCAAAACAAGACCGCUUUCACAACCAAAAAGGACUAUGGUAAAGGAGAAAGGGAAGCCCAAUGGGCCGUGGCCCAACGGACUUUACACGGGCUCCAACAGCCAGAGCAAGCAGGGCCUUUUAGCGAUAAAGAUGCCUUCAGGGCUGACGUGGCUAGGUGAAGUCAACCUAAUCACACUACAGUCUACACACAAGACUAAGGGAGCUUCAUACACUAAAGGGGAAUGUGGAAUCAGUAGUGAAGCUGAAAGGUCUUGACAUAGACACUAUUCAACAACAUUAGAGGGUGAAGGUGGAAAUAGUUUAGUUCUUUCUCGAAUGAGGAAAGAUUUUGGCAAAGAGAAAUAAGGGUAUAGGAACGUUGUUUUUUCAUGAAUGAGAUGUUGGAAUAAAAGAUUUUAAUAAAAAUGGGUCUA